AUGCCUGUUCAUGUUACUCGUUUUGAGGGCCCAGCCUCCCGAACCCACCCUACAGUAUGGUGUGCGGCAACUUUGUGUCUAGUUUUGUGUCUGCUAAUAGUCAUAGGAGGCCUAGUCCUCGUCGUGGUCUAUCUCGUCUUCCGACCACGUUGUCCACUCUUCGAUCUCAACAGUGUCACCUUGAAUGUGGCCUCUCUCGACACGGGUUACCAGCUCGAUGCUGAUUUCACUUUAGCGGCUAACUUCACAAAUCCAAACAAGAAGGCGGACUUCGAUUUCAGUAACAUGUAUCUCGAUCUUUACUUCGAGAAAACCCUGAUUGCUACACAAAAUAUACAACCUUUCUCUGCUGUGAAAGGUCAGUCCAAGUUCCUAGAUUUUCAUAUGAUCACCAGUCAGGUUAGGCUUUCAUUGAACCAAACACUGGUGUUUCGCAACCAGAUUAAGAAUAAUCGGAUCAUGUUUAUGAUCAAAGCGGUGUUCCGAGCUCGAUCGCUCGGAAGACCAUUCAAAUAUGAAUACUGGUUGCAUGGUUAUUGUGGCAUUGUGGUUUCAAGCCCUCCGGCUUGGGUCUUAAGACAGAAAAAUUGCAUGACCAGAUGUAAAUAA